CUUUGGUUAGCGCAUGGAAGUGAUCGGUGAAUCGAGUGAUUUGAGAAUCGGGCCCUGGGCUAGUCGGACAAGAUGAACGCCGCUGACAGUACAGACGCGAGCGAGCCCCCGGCGGCCGCGGAGACCCCCACAGCGGCCCCGGCCGACGGCACAGGCCCCCUGAUCCCCGUGCCCCCGGCCCCGAGGAAGCCCCCCCGAAGGGGACCCAAGGUCCUGCAGGAGCGGCCGAAGCGGGCCCUCUUCUGCCUCACCUUGAAGAACCCGUUGAGAAAACUGUGCAUUGACAUUGUGGAAUGGAAACCGUUCGAGUGGAUGAUCUUGACAACUAUCUUCGCGAACUGUAUAGCUCUUGCUGUGUACACGCCUUAUCCAGCCAGCGACUCCAACUACACCAACUCAGUAUUGGAGAAAAUCGAAUACGUGUUCCUGGUGAUAUUCACGGGAGAAUGCGUGAUGAAGAUCUUCGCAUACGGGUUCAUCAUGCACGCGGGCUCAUACCUCAGAAACGGGUGGAACUUGCUCGAUUUCACUAUCGUUGUUAUCGGUAUGGUGAGCACGGUACUAUCGAGCAUAUUCAAAGACGCUUUCGACGUGAAAGCAUUGAGAGCGUUCAGGGUGCUCCGACCGCUCCGGCUGGUGUCAGGAGUGCCCAGUUUACAAAUCGUGUUGAACUCCAUCCUGAAGGCGAUGGUGCCGCUUCUACACAUCGCUUUGCUAGUAAUCUUCGUCAUCAUCAUUUACGCAAUCAUCGGCUUGGAGCUGUUUUCUGGGAAGAUGCACAAGACUUGCUUCAAUAGGUUCACAGAUGAAAUGAUGGACACUCCACAUCCAUGCGACACAGACAAUGGCUUCAACUGUUCCUCGCUCGGAGACGAGAUGGAGUGUCGGGAAGGUUGGAUCGGGCCGAACUUCGGAAUCACUAACUUUGAUAACUUCGGUCUCUCAAUGCUGACAGUCUUCCAAUGUAUCACGCUAGAAGGCUGGACGGAUGUUAUGUACCAUAUACAAGAUGCGAUGGGGAACAGUUGGGAAUGGAUUUAUUUUGUAUCAAUGGUAAUCCUGGGAGCAUUUUUUGUUAUGAACCUUAUUCUUGGUGUGUUAUCCGGAGAAUUCUCUAAGGAGAGAGAGAAAGCAAAAAAUCGAGGUGAUUUUCAAAAGUUAAGAGAAAAGCAACAGUUGGAAGAAGAUUUAAAAGGUUACCUAGACUGGAUCACACAGGCUGAGUAUUUAGAACCAUUAGCGGAUCAACACGAUGUUGUGGAUCAGAGAGAUUAUGGAAUAGGGACAGCGAUAAAUGAACAUGACUCCACCGAUCACUUAGGUAUAGAAAAUAAUGAGCAACAAAAAGUUUCCAUAGGCAAAAUGUGGAAAAAAGACUUCGAUAAAGUCAACCGCAGAAUGAAACGAGCUUGUAGAAAAGCGGUGAAAUCUCAAACAUUCUAUUGGUUAAUCAUCGUAUUAGUAUUUUUAAAUACUGUGGUAUUAGCUAGCGAACAUUACCAUCAACCAGAGUGGAUGGAUUUAUUUCAAGAAUACGGAAAUGCGUUUUUUGUUGCCUUGUUUACGUUAGAAAUGUUAGUCAAAAUGUACAGUUUAGGUUUACAAGGUUACUUUGUGUCGCUGUUUAACCGCUUCGACUGCUUCGUGGUGAUCGGCUCCAUCAGCGAGAUGGUGCUCACGAAGACUGAAAUCAUGCCGCCCCUGGGCAUCUCCGUGCUUCGCUGCGUCAGGCUGCUCAGGGUUUUCAAGGUCACCAAGUAUUGGCGCUCGCUCUCAAACUUAGUGGCGUCACUCCUCAACUCGAUCCAGUCCAUCGCCUCCCUGCUGCUGCUCUUGUUCCUCUUCAUCAUGAUCUUCGCCCUCCUCGGGAUGCAGGUGUUCGGUGGCAAGUUCAACUACGACCCGGUCGAGGAGAAGGAUAGGCAUAACUUCGAUUGCUUUUGGCAAGCGCUGCUGACUGUGUUUCAGAUUCUAACAGGUGAAGAUUGGAACGCCGUCAUGUACGAGGGUAUCAAAGCUUACGGCGGUGUCGGCUCAUUUGGGAUACUUGCCUGCAUAUACUUCAUCAUCCUGUUCAUUUGUGGCAACUACAUCCUGCUGAACGUGUUCUUGGCUAUCGCCGUAGAUAACUUGGCUGAUGCAGAAUCGUUGACUAAUAUCGAAAAAGAGGAAGGGGCUGGUGAAGAAAAAGAAGGCGGCAGUGUUGUUGCGACAGAGGGCGGUCACGCGGAUACUGAUGAUGAAUACAUACACGAUGAUGAUGCCUACACGACUGAUAAUUCUGAACGAGAAUAUGAAGAAACUGGCUCGGAAGGUGAACAACAAGAGGAAAUCGAGGGAGAAGAAGUAGAAACUGAUGGCAUUGAAGAAGAAAAUGGAGAGAGAAUAGAAGAAGAGCAAGAAAGAGAGGACCAUGAAAUGAUGGAAAGCCACCAAAGGAAUCAUAUAGUGAAUACAGACAUGGACGAGGAACCGCGUCUGAAACGCAAACCGACGACCUCAUCCGCUCGUCCGCGGCGACUGUCCGAAGUUGAUAUUCACGACACUAAGAAACCCAUCCCAGAUGCUACCUCGUUCUUCAUAUUUUCCAAAACCAACAGGUUCCGAGUGCUGUGCUACAAGCUAUCAGCAUCAUCACCGUUCGGGAAUGUCAUCUUGGUCUGCAUCAUGCUGUCUUCCGCUAUGUUGGCUGCUGAGGAUCCGUUAGAUGCGGCACAGAAGGGAUUCAGAAAUUGGUUGCUAAGUCAAUUCGACGUGUUCUUCACUGGCAUCUUCACGUUGGAGCUGUUCCUGAAGUUGAUCACGUACGGGCUGGUGCUUCACGAGGGUGCCUUCCUCCGGUCGGCCUUCAACGUGUUAGAUAUGCUGGUCGUCUGCGUCUCGCUCAUCUCCAUGAGUUUUAAGUCUGGAAGUAUAUCUGUGGUGAAAAUAUUGCGAGUAUUCAGGGUACUGAGGCCUCUAAGGGCCAUCAAUAGGGCCAAAGGCCUUAAGUAUGUGGUUAAAUGUGUGAUAGUAGCCAUUAAGACUAUAGGAAAUAUAAUGCUAGUUACGUAUUUAUUACAAUUUAUGUUCGCUGUGGUUGGUGUACAGUUGUUUAAGGGUAAAUUUUUUAGGUGUAAUGACAUUUCUAAAAUGACAGAGGAAGAGUGUCAGGGGACUUAUUUAGUAUUUGAAAAUCGUAACUACGUAGUUAGAGACAGAGAAUGGAAAAGAAAUGAUUUCCAUUUUGAUAAUGUAAUGAAAGGAAUGCUGACUCUUUUUACUGUUUCCACGUUUGAAGGAUGGCCUGGAUUGUUGUAUGUUUCUAUUGAUUCGAAUGCAGAAGAUCGUGGUCCCAUUACUAACUUCCGUCCAAUUGUUGCAGCCUACUAUAUUAUUUACAUUAUUAUUAUUGCCUUCUUUAUGGUAAAUAUAUUCGUCGGUUUCGUCAUAGUGACAUUCCAAAAUGAGGGUGAGCAGGAGUACAAGAAUUGUGAGUUAGAUAAGAAUCAAAGGAACUGUAUUGAAUUUGCAUUGAAAGCAAAACCCAUCAGAAGAUAUAUCCCAAAACAUCGGAUCCAAUACAAGGUGUGGUGGUUUGUGACAUCCCAGCCCUUUGAGUAUGCGAUCUUCAUGUUGAUCAUGAUAAACACCAUCACGCUAGCCAUGAAGUACCACAACCAACCCGCGGAGUAUAGCAAGGCUCUUGACAUGCUCAAUAUGAUAUUUACUGCAGUUUUCGCGUUAGAGUUCAUUUUCAAACUUGCUGCCUUUAGAUUUAAGAAUUACUUUGGAGAUGCGUGGAACACGUUUGAUUUCAUCAUAGUAUUGGGAAGUAUAAUAGACAUCGUUGUCUCACAAGUAAACGAAUUGAAAAAUCAGGGCAGUGGAUUGCCAAGAGCGCAUGUGGUUAAGGAGAGCUCGAUCCCUUCCAUAAACUUCUUCCGGCUUUUCCGUGUGAUGAGACUGGUAAAACUGCUGUCGAGGGGCGAGGGCAUCAGGACUCUUCUUUGGACCUUCAUCAAGUCCUUCCAAGCAUUGCCGUACGUCGCUCUGCUGAUCCUCAUGCUGUUCUUCAUCUAUGCUGUGGUUGGGAUGCAGGUGUUUGGCAAAAUUGCAAUAGAUGACGAAACUCCAAUCACCAGGAACAAUCACUUCCAGACUUUUCCACAGGCUAUUCUUGUACUAUUUCGAUCAGCUACAGGCGAGGCAUGGCAAGACAUAAUGAUGGGAGUCUCACCAGAGCCCGAAGUGAAAUGCGACAAGAAUUAUGACGAGGAGGGUGAUGAAGGAGGCGGCUCCUGCGGCAGCGUGCUCGCUUUUCCAUACUUCAUAUCCUUUUAUGUUUUGUGUUCAUUUUUGAUCAUCAAUUUGUUCGUAGCCGUCAUUAUGGAUAAUUUCGACUAUUUAACCAGAGACUGGUCAAUAUUGGGACCACACCACUUAGAUGAAUUUAUAAGAUUAUGGAGUGAAUACGAUCCCGAUGCAAAAGGGAGAAUAAAACAUUUAGAUGUAGUCACUUUACUUAGAAAAAUUAGUCCGCCAUUAGGUUUCGGUAAACUGUGCCCGCACAGGGUGGCGUGCAAACGUCUUGUGUCUAUGAACAUGCCUCUAAAUUCAGACGGCACUGUAUUAUUUAAUGCCACGCUAUUCGCUGUAGUGAGAACCUCGCUCAAGAUUAAAACCGAAGGCAACAUAGACGACUGCAAUACGGAAUUGAGAGCUGUUAUAAAGAAAAUUUGGAAACGCACGUCUCCGAAACUCCUGGAUCAGGUCGUGCCUCCGCCGGGCGACCCCAAUGAGAUCACAGUGGGCAAAUUCUACGCGACAUUCCUGAUACAAGAUUAUUUUAGAAGGUUCAAGAAAAGAAAAGAGCAAGAAAUGAGACAGAACGAUGAGCAGAACCAUCAAAUGACGCUCCAAGCGGGACUCCGAACACUGCACGAGGCUGGUCCAGAACUAAAAAGAGCAAUAUCUGGGAACUUGGAUGAAAUUACUACUGAAUGCGACGUCCCUAUGCAUAGAAGAAACCAUUCGUUGUUUGGCGGAGUUUGGUCAAGUAUUAGAAGACACGGGCCUAACAGACACUUCCAGAGGCAUAGGAAACCAGGCGACGGACCGAAUGAAGCUGUAGGUAAUCAUUUGAGUUCGAUGAUGCAAAAAGAAUAUGGCGUUGGACCUUUGCCUCUAGCACCUAUGGCACCGAUGGCGCCAAAUCUGGCAAAUGGACAACCAAAAGAACAAAUUCCAUUAAGGCCACUUAUAUUUAAUGGAGAAUCGGAAAAAAUAUAUCAAGUGUUAGAAAGAACCACAAACGAUCUAAAGAACGCUAUUUACGAAGGAGGCGAUAGCUCUGGCCGUGGCGUUAUGUCUUUGCCGGGCAGUCCCCGUGGAAAUAACUCUUCAGUGCCCGUGGUAGGGUCUGCGGAGAGUCUGGUCACCAGGGUACUCGCUGAACAAGGGCUAGCUGCGUAUUGUGAUCCUGAAUUUGUAAGAAACACCUCUCGCGAAAUGCAAGAAGCACUAGAAAUGACACAGGAGCAGAUGGAUAGAGCCGCACAUCAGCUAAUGAUACAAGAAAGGAAUUUAAAACAAGCGCAGAACCAGCAACCCCAAAUUGGCGACAUCUUAGCCCGCCAAUACCAUCCUUAUCAUCAACCCGCGACGAUGCCUCCUCCGCCUUACAAGCGGUUAUAGCAGAAGCCGAAUUACAGCGCGCGCCUGGCGCGUGCGCAGAAAACCAAGAUGGCGGUCAAGACGCAGUCGCCCAUCGCAGGAAAUGCCGCCAUCAUCAUAGAAGAAAAAAGAAGAGAAAACCAGUGUUGGUCUAGAGAAUUAAAACUAAUUUCAUAUUUUAUCGUCUGAUAAUAUUAACGUUUAGAAAAUCUCCCAAAUUGAUGCUCAAAUCCUUUGUUCCAUUUUAUAACAUGACCAGUAGGUACUUAUUCGGAAUACUCUAGAAACUGUGCAUAACAGUGAAAAGUGAGAUUAGUUGUUUUAUAAGGUACGUUAUGAAUAUUUAAAAGAAAAAAAAUUUGGAUCGUAAUUAAAAGAAAAAUUUUAACUAUUGGUCACAGGCCUGAGAGUACCUAAAACGAUCUUAUAAAUUUUAAAAUUACAUAAACUUAGGUAUUGUAGUUAUCUGAUACUGAGAGAGAACAUAAUUAUCUCAAAAAAUAACAAUAAUAGCUAAGAGGUAAUUAUUUAAAUAAAGGUAACGUAUUAUUUUAAAAGUUUCUAGUUUUUACUAUAUUAUAAGCUACUUAGCUUCCUAGUUACCUACCUAAAGGAAAGGUCAUAGGUACUUAAUUGCUAUGUCGAAAUAAAACAAAUAACCUUUUCUGAGGACUAGCCAAAUUCCAUUCCAAAAAAAUUGAAUCUUAUGUGAAAAAGUUAUAAAUCAAUCAAUAAAACCUGACAUAAAGACUUUAUACGUGAAUUUAAACCAAUUUGAUCUGAAGGUAUUUAACUUUUUUAAGAUAUUUGCCAGAUGUUUUUCAAGUGAGUAUAAUCUUUAUUAAACUUAUUGUGAAGUUUGUGAAAUUCUCCAAUUUUAAACAUUACCAAAAAGAGCACCUUAUUGUAUCUACUUCUUCCGAUCAUAUGCCUCCAAAGUACAGACAGUAUUGACGAUUGCCGACAUUAAAAAAUUAAAGUAGACAUCGCAAUAAGAAUGAAAAGUAAUUUUAUAAGUAACAAAAUUACAAGACAAAACCAUACUAACGUAAAAUUACACAAUUACAGCUACUACACAAAGAGCAAGUGAAACGAAAAAAUAAAUUAACUGAUGCACUUUCUUUAACAAUGUUACUUUACAAAGAUAAAUUUUACAAUUUAAAGCAUGGCUGAAUAUAUUUCCAUGUCAUAAUAAAUUAUAAAAAAAAAUAGAUUGGAGGCGACAAGAAAAAAAAUACGUGUUUUUAACUGCACCUAAUUUGAAAUCACUAAUAAAUGUGGAGUGUUUUGGGGUCAUUUUCGACAAUACAUUAUAAGGAAAAUGUACUGAUGUAAUAGCUAGACCUUAACAGGGAAUACAAUUUUUCGUAGUGCAAUAAAAUUAUUACAGAUUAUAAACAUUGUAAUAAUUAUAGAAAAAGGUUGUUCGAUUUGGCUUUUUUUCGCGUCUCAAAGAAUAUAAAGACGGAAAAAAAAUUAAUAUACUGAAAAUGUCUGUACUGAAUAUGGCUUUGCAAACAUCUGAAGGCAACUUUAUAAUAAAUUUUAAAUCUUUUUAAAAUUUAUUUUUGGGUUUCAACACAACCGAAACUUAGAGCCAAAAAGCUAACCUUAGAGAGAUAUACAUAAUUAUGUCAUAGGCACGUUUGAAAAGACAUUCAUUAUUCUUCGGCUUAUCGUAUGUACUAGUCUACAAAUAAUUCUAAAUUCAAGUCUGAAAUUUUUAUUUCUUUAUAUACCGAACUUUUCAGGGUUACUUAGAAAUCUACAAACAACAUAACAGCUCGAUAGCCUACAGCAUAAACAAGAUUUGUUAACUACAUACAGUACAACGUUUAUAAGUUGUCUCAACAAUAUUCAACGGCGCAGAAUAGCGCAACCUACCGUCGAAUCAAACCGAAUGAAAACUCAAUAAAAUAACGACCUUAUCACAAGUAAUUAAAACUAAAAAUCCAAAAACAAAAUGUCUCUUGCUAUCUCGCUCAUAAUAGUAGCAGCGGACAGUUCAUUUCGCGGAUUCUAAUAACGCGCUCUGAUAGGCUUAAACACUUAAAUAACAGAAUAAAUAAAUUACAAAAUGUCAAUUUAGGCUUGUGAAGUUGUUGGAGAUUUCUAGGUAGUAACCCUGUUUAUAUUGUACUUUUUACCCAAAAAUCUACGUGGUUAGUUUCGUUUGUACUAGGAAUAUAUUUCCACUUUACGGAAUUUUACAAUUAGCAUAAGAUGUUCCCUAGAAAGUGCCCUUUGACUGUUGGUAGAACGUAGUUAGUAACCCAACUGGUCACCCAUAUACCACAUUCCUGUAGGGUUAAGAUAAUUUAACCAAUAACAUUUAUUUACCGGGUGACUUUAUAAACACCAGUAAAUAUUUUCUGAGUCAAUUCGACGAUGAAAUUUGUAAAGAAGCAAUCUGGUGUUAAUUAAUCACCCUGUUUAAACCCUCUUAAAUUAUUUUUUAACUGGAGCUUUAUGAAUCUAUACUACCUUAUUCUUCCGGCUAUCCUCUCUUCCAAGUGCCAACAUUUUCAAUUCUAGUUUUUACAUUGAGCAUUGAAAUUUUUCAGGGGUUCCUCAUCAAUGAUUGCUGAUAAAGUAACUAAUACUUUAAAUAAGUGUGAAAAUGUACCUUGUACUUAGGUCCCAAUUAUAUGUAUUGAAAACGCACAAUAUUUUUCCACAGAGCUAGGAAGACCACUCCGGCUUUGGCAGGAGUUUUGGUCUGUGGAAAAAAAGAGUAUCAUGUUUUAUUUCACAGAGUUUUGAGGUCAACCAGGUGAAAUGCCACUCACUAACGGACUUUAAGAAUAAAAAGUUGGUUUGAUAGACUUCGAGAUUGAAGGAAACAUCAUACUAAGUCUAACUAACUGCCUAGGACAGAAAAUUAAGACGUUUUACCUGAAAAAUAAAACGUGUAUUAAACAUACUUACCUUAUUC